AUGAGGCGCCGGCCGAGGACCGCGCCCGGGCUCGCCCUGCUCUGCCUCGCCGUCCUCCUGGCCGCCGCCGCCGGGCUGCCCUCCAGCACCGCGCCUCCCCCCGAACCCGGCAGCGGCAGCGGCGGUCCCGCUGAGGGCGGCCAAGGCACCGCGCCCACGGCGGCAGUGGAAGAGGAGGAGGAGGAGGAAGAGGAGGCGGCCGCGGGCAGCGGCCCUGCAGGAGACCUGUGCAACUGCAGCGCCGUGGGGAGUGACAGCACAGCCGAAUGCAACAUCACGACCGGGCAGUGUCCCUGCCUGCGGGGCUACUCCGGGCUGCGCUGCCAGAGCUGUGCCCGAGGCUUCUACCCGGAGCGGAGCAGCCAGAGGUGCCGGCCCUGCGACUGCAGCCCCGACGGCUCCAUCACCCCCCAGUGUGACGACUCUGGGCAAUGCCAGUGUAAAGUUGGUGUCACGGACCUGAAGUGUGACCGGUGCAGUGAUGGAUACUACAGGUUUAAUGAAACCACCUGUGAGCCAUGCCAAUGCAACAACCACGCCAAAACCUGCCACAGCUUCACAGGCACCUGCCUGCACUGCCAGGAGAACACUGAGGGGACUCACUGUGAGCUCUGCAAGAAGGGCUUCUACAGGAGCACCCACCCUGCCCACGCCUGCCAUCGCUGCCCCUGCUCCACCGUGGCAUCCACUGGCACCUGCCAUAUACUGCCAGGUGAAACUGCUCCGAGGUGUGACCAAUGCAAAACUGGUUACACUGGCCCAAACUGCAACCAGUGUGACAAUGGCUACUACAACUCUGACAGCAUCUGUGUGAGGUGUGAAUGCAACGGGAACGUGGACCCAGCUCAGUCCCCCAGCGUGUGCAAACCGGAGAGCGGGGAGUGCGUCGGGUGCCUGUACCACACUGCUGGGUUCCACUGUGAGCAGUGUGAGGAGGGUUACACCCGGGACCCCGAGGGCACCAACUGCACCAAGAAAGAAGCCACUGUCAGCCCAGAAACAAAGGAGUUCACAACUUCUGCUGGAAAUGUCAGCGAGGCGACAUCGUUCUCAACAGCAGUGCUGAACAGUACGUUGCCACCAACAACUAUACAGACCAUAUUUCCUAUAAGUUCCUCUGACAACAGUACCUCUGCUUUUGCAGAUGUUUCGUGGACUCAGUUCAACAUAAUUAUUUUGACAGUUAUCAUCAUUGUUGUGGUCCUAUUAAUGGGCUUUGUGGGCGCUGUCUACAUGUACCGCGAGUAUCAAAACCGAAAACUUAACGCUCCUUUUUGGACCAUUGAGCUCAAAGAGGACAACAUCAGUUUCAGCAGCUACCACGACAGCAUACCCAAUGCUGAUGUUUCAGGGCUGCUGGAAGAUGAUGGGAAUGAAGUGGCACCGAAUGGACAGCUCACACUGACAACUCCCAUGCAUAAUUUUAAAGCGUAGAAGCAGCAGCGGUCUGGCUACUUCCAAGUUUGCUUGAAAAAGGUACAGGGCUUCUUGAAGGGGUAUCAGGAUCUGUGCCAAGGCUCCAUGCAGAGGAAUUUGCUCUUCAGAUGCUCUUAUGCUGGGCAUGCUGUAGCUUGCAGGUGAAUGGAAAAAAAAAAGUGUAGUACAUCUGAAUUUCAGGUAAUAUGGUGGAAUGCAUUCAAUGUGCUGUUCUCUGUAAAGAUCCAUAUGAUUCACUGUUGUUAAAGACUUAAUUAUGCUAUUGUAGAAUAUUAUUUUUUAUGAAGAGGAGAUGGGGUGGAGAAAGCAGGACCCCAUGAAUUAUCAGAAGCUACUUGAUUUCCAGCCAGCCUAACACUAUGUCUGCACCCUUUAGUUUGAAAAGUAGCUCAUGAAUUAACAGUGGAUUUUCAGGAAACAGAGCUUUGUCGAGGCUUCAUAGUAAUUCCUCAUGUAAAUCUGUUUGAAAAGGAGGAUAAAAAAAGGGAAAUUGUUCACUGUACUACAGAGAGGCAAAUAGAGAAGUGAGUUGCACAGUGGAAAAGAGUCACCUUUAUCAGUUGCCAGUAAUAAGGCAAACAGGAAAAAAAGCAACCAACAAACAUGGGAUGUAGGGAGGAGGUGAAGCUUUUCCCUUUCUGACUAUUUAUACAGGGUGAUGAUGCUAUUAAAAUAUAGCAAUCCAUUUUUUUUUUCUAGAAGGAGUUAAUGAAUUUGUAUAGUUUCUGUGCAAGGUAAGACAAGACAACUCAGGGUUGCAGUGUAAAAAUAAAAGCUAGGCUUAAUACCCUACCCUGAUAGAAAUGGUGUGUUCUGUAUAUAAAAUGUAAUAUAUCUUCUUGGAAUUGUAUUUGUAAUUAUUUGUAAAAAGGACAACAAACCAACCAAAAAAAACCCCAACAACAAAACCAUGAACCCCUCCCUAACCUCUCCUGCUCCCUAAGUCAUAUUUUAUCAUUUAGAUUUUAAUUGUACAGCAGUUAGUGGUAUUGUUUAAAAAGAAAAAAAAAUGAGGAUUGUUUAAAAUACUGUAAAUUAGAUGGCAAUAUUGUUGGAGCUGGGACUCUGGCAAACACCCACUGCUUGAAGCUUUUCUUCUACUGUCAUCGAAUAACUUUCUUUUUUAGAGAAAAUGUGAGUGCUCCCUACUUGCAUCUAUCAAAUUUUCUCAUUCCUUUAAGUAUAGAGUGAGUACCAGUGUUGCCAUGUAUAGGGCCUAGUAAAUGUCCAAAAAUCAGAUGUCACAUUCUGUUACUUGCUUUUAAAUCUUUAUUCAAAAUGCAAAUACACUGUCAUGAAUGCAUUCAGAGCAUCAUCUCGAUGGCUGAGCUAUUCCAAAGUGUGUGAGUGGAUCUCAUUGACCUCUCUCCCAUGCUGAUACAGUGACAGGAGGGCUUGGCAGAGGGCUGAGAGCAGCCUCCUGCCCUUCUGAAGGGCAAAAAAAGGAGAAAUCCCCUGGAUUUGGGUGAAAACAGCUUUCAGCUGAAGAGCUCCCAAGAGCCGAUCUGUGCUUCUAGGCUUUAAAAGCUAAAAGUGCAUGGUUGCUUUCAGGAAAUUCAUGUAGCACAAAGUGGUGGUGUGGAAUUAGCUGUCACAAAAACCCUAAAGGGGACUUCAGGCUUUCUGGAUUCCCCUGAUUUCUGUGGGAGGCUGUUGGAUGGUUAGCAGAGGCAGAACAAGUAAGGGGCAGCAGAGCACAGGGAGCUCUUUGCUGGCAUGGUGUCUGGAAGCAGGUGCUGGGGAGCUGCCCAGGUCCAACCCAUGAAAAUCAAUACCACUGCAUUUAAGUCAGGUGUGAAACAAAUAUUUCACCUAACUGAUGGCCAACCUCAGAGCUAAAGCUGCAUUGCUGUGUGUGUUGGUGCUUUGCAAGCGAUUAAUGCUGAGGACAAAUGAAGUACCUGCUAAAGGUCAGCAGGAGCUGACUGCUGCAUCCUCAGAGCCAGGCAAAAAUAAUAAUUUCUCAAGAUGAGAAAUGGUAGGAAGAAUAUGGAGAGAAUUUAUUUGCUUUCUGGUGCUGCAUGGAGGCUUUUCUCAUAAU